AUGAGUAGUGUCGUGGAAUCUGGUCCGGCGGUUGAGUACGUGGAGAAGAUAGUGGAGGUGCCCGAGGUGGUCGUGCAGGAGCAGGUUAAGCAUGUGCCGCGAGUGGAAGUACAAGAGUGCGUGGUGGAGGUGCCUCGGGUGGUGUACAAGGAGAAGGUGGUGGAGGUCCCGGAGAUUGAGUACGUAGAUGUCCCGGUGGAGCGUGUGGUCGAGGUGCCGGAGGUGCGCGAGGAAGUGGUGAUUAAGGAGGUGCCAGUGCCGCAGUAUGUGGAGAAGCCGGUGCCUGAGUACGUGACCGUCGAAGUUCCUCAUGACGUCCAUCGCAACGUACCCGUGCCCGUGGAGUCAGAGACGGUCUACGACCUUAUCAUGCCCAACCUAAAACCCGUCUACAAGACCGUCAAGGUCCCUAUCUACGUGCCACGCUUCAUCGAGGUUCCCAUCCCGGCCGAACUUCUUGACCAAUCCGCGGUCGCUGAAGCUGAACAUCUCAGCAACCAAGUCAAGAUCCUUACUGAACAGGAAGCACCUUCUCUUAAGGACGUCGAACGACUAGCCGAAUACGCCAAGAACACCGACUUCCAGGCCCAUCUCCGACCAGAGAACGUCGAGCAGACCAUAGCCAAUGCUUUUGAAACCGGGAACCUGUCACAGACCACAUUGUAA